CUCACCUCACCACUUCCAACAUUGUGUUUCUCUGGGAAAUGAUGGGCAAAGACACGAAUAAACAUGGACAGUUCGAUCAAGAAACGGCGCGAACGAUCGUUCCAAUCGCCAAGUCGUGACAGUGGGUAGACUGUGGUGCAAUAUCGCUAGACAAGCUUUCAGCACGGCCAGGACGAAUGCUUGGUAACAAACAAGUCAAGCAUUUUGCACCAGACUUAUUCUAGGACAAGAUUCUUCGCCCUUUCAAACAUCUUCCAUGACAAGUUUCUCUUCUUCUCAUCUCCUCGUCGCCUAGGACUUAGGUCUGGUCGGUUUCAAAGGGAUCGUCUCAUCCCGUUUGUUUCAGCACCGAAACGCUGUCAACGAGUGGGUGAAAGCGCUUAAGAUUGAGGAGCACACCCUCACGUUUCGAAAUACACGCCUCUGUAGUAUUUGCCAAGGCUUUUGUUUCUAUCUCUCUUAACGAGCCCAUCAGCACCACUGCAAAAGCCUAGCGGGGGACUUUCUGUCGCAGCACACCCAUUUCGCGCUGAUUAUCUUAGGCACACCGUAGAAACAUAUCCUAAUAUAUCGUCGCUUAGAGCCGCACCAGGAGGACGGCAGAAAGGCCUGAAGUAGCGAGAUGUGCACAAAUCAGACCAUUUCCAAUUCACCGCUCUGGCAUAUGGCGUCUUUUGUCGGCGAACUAACCCAAGAUUAUCAAUACUGGUGCGUUUUGUUGUUUGAACUGUCAGAGCCUUCAUCGCCUGUGCCGUGUGUACGCUCGGUCGUGUUUGAAAUGCCGACGCCCUGAUUUGACAUAUCGCUAGAUCUUCUUCUCGGCACUAUAAAGUCAGCCAAGUUCUCUGCUCAAGAUAAGAUCAUACUUAUCAUCAUCAGCUUCCGAUCUUACAUUCGUACUCAUACGCCUGGCGCAUUUUCUUCGUUCGCUUCUAUCUCCUUCAGUCAUUCCUUACUGGUACUGGUUACCGUUCAUUCUUUUUAGACUUUAUCGGUUGCUGCUUUAUCAUCAUUCUAUACCACACUCAAGAAAAUCAAGGUACAGAACUGACAUUGAGAGUAUCAACAUGGUGCAAGUUCAAUCUUUCUUUCUUGCAGCAGUUUUCACUGCCGCUCCUGCACUUGCUUUCACCAAUGGAACUCUGGUCCCCGCUUAUAUUUGCAACCCGGUCAACGAUGGCAUGCCAAAGAGCUUCGGGCAGCUUUUGCAGCUUACACGCGAGCAAACCCCGACAGUGGCAUUCAACCAGAAUGCUGGUCAAAACGUGAAGGCUCCUCUUCUGCAGCAACAAGGCAAUUCAAAGAUUGGCAACUCUGCCUACAUUCUUGCUUCCCUUCACGACUCUCCCAACAACAUCAACACGAAGCAACAGUCGCUUGUCGUCAAGCCACAGAACGGCAACACGAUUGUUGCUGGCCAGGCCAACAAGAUCACUAUCAGCACCCAAGACAACAGCCAACUCAAGGGCGCAUUGUUGUACGGCCAGGACAGCACCGGCACCAGACAGGGAAGCUUCACCGAUGCCAGCGGUGGCCCCUUUGUUCCGUUCCCAGGUUGUGGAAAGAACCCGCAGGGCCAAAUUAGCGGCGUGAUUCAGCAGACCGGUGUUAGCGCUUCAAGCUCAUACAGCUCACUUGUCUAUAACGCUCCGGCUUGCAUUCCGGGAAACAACAUCACUAUUGGUGGCCUCUCUGUCACUGGUAGCGGUUUUGGUAUCUGGACGUACUCUUUCCAGGUUACGGGAUCGUCUUGCGGCGGUGGCAAUGGCAAGUCUGGAGCUGGCAACACCGGUUCUAGCAACUCCGGCUCCAGCAAAACUGGCUCCAGCAACACUGGUUCAAGCAACUCUGGCUCUAGCAACACCGGCUCUAGCAAUUCUGGAAGCACAGGAAAGACAGGUAGCAGUAAGUCUAGCAGCUCUGGUUCCAACUCUGGAGCCGGAACUUCAGGAAACAACGCUGCAGCUGCCAUGGGUGGAUGUGGCUCGCCAAGUGCUGCCGCUAGUGCUGCCACAGCUGCUGCUGCAGGUGCUGCUACAGCUGCCAGUGCCGCCACGGCUGCGACUCCGACCACUCCUUCCGUGUUGGCUCAAAACGCUACGACCGUAUCGACAGCUUCAGCGAAAGUGACUGGCAAAGGCAAGGCUGGUUGGAAGGGCUGGAAAGCACCCACCACACUCUCGAAAGUGGCUCAGAAGGCACAGACUACUUGCACAAAGUAAGCAAGUUGAAGCUUGGGCGAAUGUGCCCCCCUCCUCCCCCUCCCCCUUGUAUCAAUCAAUGAAUUAUGAUUCGCAGAUGUAUAUAUAUUAAGG